AUACACCAAGAGGAUAUAAAUUCUCAAAGAAACUGAUCACUCUCCAUUCAUCCCAUUUCAUUUUUAUACAUAAUUAUAAUUUAUAAUAUUGGCUGAUAUUAUAUCUGCACGUACGAGAUGUAUACCGACUCCGCCUUAGCCGCCGCCGUGCUCGCCGUUGCAUGGGUUAUGCUAUUAUUCAUUGUCAAGAAAUCAUAUAGCAGAUCAAAGAAUAUUCCGGCAUUGCCACCAGGUCCGAGGGGGUGGCCCCUCGUCGGAAACCUCCUCUCCCUUGACCCGGAACUCCACACUUACUUGGCAACCCUCGCACAAAAAUACGGCCCGAUUUACAAACUAAAACUCGGCCGGAAAACCGGCAUCGUCAUCAGCUCCCCUUCCAUCGCAAAGGAAGUGCUCAAGGAUCAAGACACCACCUUCGCCAAUCGCGACGUGCCGGUGGCCGGCAAAGAAGCCUUCUACGGCGGCGUCAACAUCGUCUGGAACCCGUACGGCGCCGAGUGGCGGAUGCUGCGUAAAGUCGCCGUCCGGGAGAUGCUGGGCGGCGCCACUUUGGACUCCAUGUACACUCUCCGGCGAAGGGAGCUCCGGCGGACGGUUAGGUACCUGUACGGCAAGGCGGGGUCCCCGGUGGACGUGGGCGAGCAGAUGUUCGUGACUGUGCUGAACGUGAUCACGAGCAUGCUGUGGGGCGGUACGGUGGUGGCCGCCGCCGGGGACGGCGGCGGCGGCGGCCGCCUUGGAAUGGAGUUCAAGGAGCUGCUGGGUGAGAUGACGGAGUUGAUGGGGGUGCCGAAUAUCUCCGAUUUCUAUCCGGGUUUGGAGAGAUUCGAUUUGCAGGGAAUCGGGAAGAAGAUGCAACGGCUGGCUCGCAGAUUCGACAGAAUUUUCGAAACUAUUAUUCAUCAGAGAUUGAAAAUGAAUGCAGAAGAUAAAGUAAAUGAAAGCAAGGAAGAUUUUCUGCAGUUUCUAUUGCAGAUGAAAGAAGAUGGAGGAGAUGCUAAGACUCCUUUUAACAAGUCCCAUCUCAAAGCUCUACUCAUGGAUAUGGUGGUCGGUGGAACCGAGACGACAGCCAACAUGGUGGAAUAUGCUUUGUCGGAGAUGAUGAACAAGCCCGAAAUCCUCAUCAAAGCACAGAAUGAACUGGAGACAAUAGUAGGCAAAGACAACAUAGUAGAGGAAUCCCACAUGAAAAAGCUCCCGUAUUUACACACCGUCAUGAAAGAGGUGUUGCGUUUGCACCCGGCACUUCCACUUCUCGUCCCCCACUGCCCCAGCGCCACGUGCAAUGUGGCCGGAUACACGAUUCCCAAAGGGGCCCGCAUUUUCGUCAACGUGUGGGCCAUCCACCGGGACCCGUCCGUGUGGGAAAAUCCACUGGAUUUUCGCCCGGAGAGGUUUUCGGAUGGGGAAUGGGAUUAUAGUGGGAACGACUUCAAUUAUUUCCCGUUCGGUUCCGGGAGGAGGAUGUGCGCCGCGGUAGGUAUGGCCGAGAGGAUGUUUAUGUAUUCACUUGCUUCUUUGGUUCACUCUUUCGAUUGGAGUUUGUGCGUCGGAGAUAAUUUGGACUUGUCCGAAAAGUACGGGAUUGUAAUGAAGAAGAGAGUACCGCUAGUUGCGAUUCCAACUCCAAGGUUAUCUAAUCCAGGUCUCUACGAGUAACAUUGCUCAAUGAUUGUUCG